AUGGGUUUUUUGUCCUAAGUCAGCGACCAUGGCGUCUGCUGCUGCCUAGAUGGAAUAUAGCUGCUGAGAAGUCAAGGGUCUUCUGUGCCAUGCAGGAAAAUUAGACGGCGUGAUCUCUCUUUAUCUCUCUCUCUCUCUCUCUCUUUGUCUCUCUCUAUCUCUCUAUCUGUGUGUGUGUGUGUGUGUAAUCUGUAUAGCGCACGGCUCGUUGCGGUGGAGAGGGGAGAAAGCUACUGAGUUGUAGUCGGGGCUAAUUAAAUGCGGAGAGAAGCCAGAGUUGUAAUUGCUGCGUAGGAAAAGAGAAGUGGAGUGAGAGGGUCGGCGCCAACUCGGCGGCGUGACGGUUUCUGUGCUUGCAGGAAAUUCCAAUCUCUCUCUCUCUCUCUCUCUCUCUCUCUCUCUCUCUCUCUCUCUCUCUCUCUCUCUGUGUGUGUGUGUGUGUGUGUGUGUGUGUGUUACGACGAAAAGUGGAGUUGAGGGGUGGAGAAGAGGGAAGAGCGAGUUGUAGUUGGGGCAGGACGAAGAGAGCUGUAGCGAAGGCGACGAAGAAAACGUGGAAAGAAAACGUGGAACAGGACGCAAAGUCGAGUAAGAGGUUGGGCGGCGUCGCUGAAGACGCAAGGCACGGAGUUAGUUGGAAUAGAGCAUGGCUAUUGCGGAGAUCGGAAGAGCUUCGAGAGAUUUUAAGGCCUCUGAGGCAGAAGAGUGUGUGCGGACCUGCAUGGUCUAGCAGAAUCACACAAGUGGAAAAAAAGACCCAAAUAAAAAAAACAAGGAGUACAAGAGUCUGCUGGAAAAAGAAGAGUAGUGCCGGUAGGUGGGAUGCGAAACGAAGUGAAAGAGGGUCGGCGGCGUUGUAAUGUUAGACGCGGACGCGCGAUACAAGGUCAGUCGGAGUGAGGCCAGGGUGGGCAUUGGGGAGGAAGCAAGAGAGUGAAACUGUUCUUUAAGAUUGACGUUUUUUUUCUAGCUUAAGGACGAAUCUGAUUCACACGAGUUGGAGUCGCCCGGGCUUUCUGUUCUUUCCUUGUUUAUUUUCUUUUCGCAGACAUUCAGUGCAGCAUAGGGCUGAUCCUCUUUUCUCUUGUUGCGGUAGUUGUAGGCCUCUUUCUUCGCUUAUGUUCUUUUUUGUUUCUUCUCUCUUGAACGUGUAGAUUCGUCUCGUUGUAGACUAGUUUGUAAUUGUGUGAUACGACAUAGUACUCUUAUCUAGUGAGACUCUGUGAGAGUAGGGGAAUUGGAAUUACCGGAUUUGCAUUCCCGAGGUCCGCUGUGCUAGGAGAUUCGAGAGAAAGAUUCGAGAGAGAUUCGAGAGAGAUUUGAGAGAGAGAUUCGAGAGAGAGAGAGCGAGAGAGAGAGAGAGAGUGUGGAAAUGGAGGGAUUUCGAGGGGGAGGGGGCAUGCCUAUGGGUGUGCAAAGCGCCGCUUUCGCCGCGGCGUCACUAGAGAAAUUGUCGAUUGAAACAUUGAACCUGGACAUGCAUUCAACAACUGAGAGGAUCCCGACUCCAACUGCGUCGAUCGUACGGCCGAGGAGUCAUUAUCUGUUCGAGGGUGUGCGAAUGACGCUGGCUUAUCGAGUCUGGGUGGCCGCUGAGUGGCGCUUCGCUGACGCGGACAUAAGGGAGAUUACCGAAGCGAUCGACGAAGGCUUCAACGUGGUGGAUUGCGGCUAUAAUUGCUAUAAUCCGACGUCGGAGAUUGCCGCGAUCAACAGAGCGAACGUGAAUCAGACGGUGGAGCUUUCGAGGGAAAUGGGGAUGUUCUUGUGUGGUCCCGUCAAGCAUGCAGUCCAUUGGAGCGAUGGCCUGUACGAUCCGACGGUGCUUCCGCUGCUUCAGCUAUGGAAGUUCAGGGUGUCGCAGGGAGAGGAGCCGUCGGAUCAAGAGAUCGAGCGACUGAAGAGGCUUGUAGGCUUCGAGAAACUCAACUUCGGCGGGAAUGUCGCUAAUCCCCACGAAGGGGGAGUGACGAUAACGAAGACGGUGAGGGGGAUGCAGCUUGAUCUGUGCGGCAUUGCCAAGGGGCUCGCCGUGGAUAUCAUCGUGAACAGGCUGAAUGCCUUGGGCCAUAGCAACGUGUACGUUGAUUGGGGUGGGGAUAUCCGAUCGACGGGAUCUCACUCUUUCAGGCCAUGGCUGGCGGCGCUUGCUCAUCCGAAGAGUCUGGAUCCCGAUGUGGAGCAGUUCGCACGCCAACCGAUUGAGCAGAGUUCCAAUCCCAACAGACCGACGAAGGUCACGCUUCAAGCGAAGGGAUCGAGUCCGUUAUCUGUGCCAUGUGCAGUCCAGGCUCGGCUCCAGAAUCCCGAAGGAGAGCUGUCUCACCGUGCAAUCCGUCCUUGUAAUGCUGGUGCUGCUAAUGGUCUUCCUGCUAGUCCCACGGAGAGGGAUGUCCACUCGACCACGGCUGGAGGUGGAAAGAUCCACGGGGAGAAGUACGCCGGUUAUGUUCGAAUCAACGACUUGUCGAUGGCUACGAGUGGCGAUUAUGAGAACGUCUGGUUGACCUACAAGAAGGUGGCGCAAGAAGCACCGCCGGAGAAGCGCGUCUAUUGUGGUAUAGUGAUGCCCACGACCGGUAAGUGCAUUGAGCCUGGUCAGGGAACCGUUGCCAGUGUUUCUGUGAUGACCCGGCAUUGCUCUUAUGCUGAUGGCGUUGCGACUGCCGCCCUCGCCCAAGGGGAUGCGCAAAAGAGCCGCGCCUGGCUUGACGACGUCAUCUUGAAGAGUGACGGGGAAGUGGUUGGGUACUGCAUCAUCACCCGCGGAGCGGGUGAUGUCAUAACCUCUCCUGGUUUUCGGUCGUUCAUGGUCUAAACUGUCCUUUCUUCCUUCGUGUUUUUUUUUUUUUUUUUUUUUUUUGGUAGCGCAGGCCGCAUAAUCUCUCCUGGUUUUCGGUCGUUGAUUGUCUAAAUUGUCGUUUUUUCCUUGAUUUGUUUUUUUCCUUUUUUGGGAAGAUGACGAUGAUGUAAUUCGUCCGUUUGCUCGGGAACUGCCGUGGAUGGCAGACCUGCUGCUAACGGUAUAACCGUCUUUCUUCGGAAUAGAUGGCUUGGUAAUUAUCUCUGUGUAUCUAGACUGAAAGUUGCACCGAAUACAGGUGGCGUUAUUACUGGGCGUCGUUCUAUUCGGGUGAAGACGAUAGUAGCCAAGAGGUACCCGUCUUCACCCGAACAGAACGCCUGGUAAUUGUCUCUGUACUUGGGCUGGAAGUUGUUCCGAAUGCAGAUGUAAUGACCGGGCAUUCUAUUCGGGUGAAUACGAUAGUAGCGAAGGGGAUUUUGCAGAUUUAAGAGGGCCUGAAUCUGGAUGUGGGUUGUGGAGAAGUGAGAUAACUGUCAUAGAUCUUUUGUGUUUCUUUCCGUUGAACUCGUCCAGAUUCAGGUGCUAUCGAAUUUUCUUUGCUCGUGGGGCUGCGCUUCCGGUGUUCGGGAAGGCCAGUCCCGUUACUGCCGGUAGGUAAGAGGAGGGCUGAAUUCCUUGCUUGGAUCUCGUACGUGAUUGUACAGAGAUGCAGAUGAUUUUGAACCUCUGCGUGAAACCUGUCUAGAUUCGGGUGCUUAAUAAUCCGAUCCUCUUUGCUAUCAGGACAGCGCCCUUGGUGUUUGACGACAAAGUGAAUCUGUCGUCUGCCCUCGCAUCGUUCUUUUUUUUUUUUUUUUUUGCCCUGAGGCUGUCCGAUAUUGUGAUCCGUCAGAUCUCGAAGCUCAGAGAUGAUGUCGGAAGUGUUUUUUUUUUUGUGUUUGGGAAACAAGGGUUUUUGGGUCGGUGGUGGUUUGCUGGAAGACCGUAGCGUCGAGGUGUAGCGAUUGAAACGGGAAUGCAGCUUUAAUGAGAAUAAUUAGUCCCAAAAAAAAGGGUGAGUUCGACGAUGCACAAAAAGCGUUAGAUCCGAAAAAAAAAAAAAAAAAAAAAAAAAAUAGACGUUAGAUGAACAGAAUCGUAUGAAGUGCAGCUCCUGUUGGGUGCUCUACUGCUACAGCUCCUGUUGGGUGCUCUACUGCUACGCCGCUGUCUGAAGAGCUGAAGAGCAUUUAUAGGAUCCGAAUGAUGUGGUCGUCUGUUCAAUUUUUACCUAUUUGCUGGGACAUCGUCGUUGAAGGUUCCUGAUCUGGUAAAUCUGAGCGUUGUAUAGUUGGUAGUUUCUGUUUUAGGAAAUCUUUGGUAUCUCUUGUUGAAGUUUCCUGAUCUAUCUAGUGAAUCUGAGCGUUGUAUAGUUGGUACUCUGUUUGAGGAAAUCUUUGGUAUCUCUGGUUUAAGUUUCCUGAUCUAGUAUUACCUGAGCGUUGUAUAGUUGGUAGUUUCUGCUUUAGGAAAUCUUUGGUUGACGUAGAGCAUUGACAUGAUCCGAAUGAUGAUUUGGUCGCCAGUCCGAUUCUUACCGAUGCUGGGACUUUCUAGAUUGUUGUAUAGUUGAAGUUUUCUGUUCUAAGAAAAUCUCUGGUGAAAGUCAUCCUCUAGUAAAUCUGAGCGUUGUAUAGUUGAUAUUCUGUUUUAGGAAAUUUCUGGUUGACACAGAAAAUCCGUUGGAGAAUGGCAACGUGUCCUGGUGUUUUGUAGCAGCGGGUGCGGCUGCUCGUCGCUGCUGGGGCCGAGUCCCACGUGGACCAAGUCCCCCACUUGGGCCGACUCCCACCUACCGGAAUUGUCUUUUUUUUUGGGGAAAGACGUAUCGGGAUUUUUGGAAUUUUCGAUUUUCGAUCCGGUUGUGAAGAUCAACGGCCAGAGCGGAAGGGAUGUUAAGUGAGACCUGCCUGACCUCUGAGAUGUGGUACUGAAGUCGUUAAUGACGUGUUCG